CGUACCUACCUCAUAUCUUACGUGCCUACCUCAUAGGCAAUAUUCCUUCGAAUAUUCCUUCGGAAAGACAAAAAGCCUAACCUAAAAACGAAGCCAACGAGAUCUCAUCUCAUAUCUCAUCUCAUAACAACUACACAUAAAAGCUAAAAUGAGCAGCCAAAACCUACACCACAUCAACUCGCUCGCCGAGCUGCAGUCGCUAUUCUUAUCAACCACAUACGUAGCCGUCGACUUCUACGCGGACUGGUGCGGACCGUGCAAGGUCAUCGCGCCGCACUACGAAUCGCUCGCCAAGCAGCACGGCGCCCCGGGCCUGCUUGCUUUCGCCAAGGUGAACGUGGACACGGCGCAGGACGCCGCGCGCGCGUUCGGCGUUACCGCCAUGCCCACCUUCCUCUUCUUCAAGGAGGGCCGCCAAGUCGCCGUGAACGGACAGGCUGUGAUCUGCGGCGCCGACCCCCGCUCUCUCACCGCGGCUGCCGAGAAGCUGGGCGGCUUAGCGAAGAAGCGCGUGGCGGAGUCUUGAAUGAUUGAAUGAAGACUGGAGUGGAUUCGGGAUGGGAUAGGUAGCAUUGUGGGAAGGGUAGGAUAGGGAGGGUGUUGACUGAUACUUCAACUAAAUAUGGAACUAAAUAUGGGCGUUACAGGGUUACAGUUAAAUAAUUCAUACUGAUACUUCCAAAAUACGCGCCUAAGGUGUCAGUGGUAAAACUUUAGUUAUACCUAAUCAAACCAAGGUGAGAACAUAGAGUUUGAACCAUCUAAGAGAAAUGGGGGAGAAGUUACAGAAGUGUGUAAUGAUGGAAUGUGCCCCCACUGCACCGCCAGGCCUUUUGUGACAGGAAACUUGAAGUUUAUGGUCAUAUACCACCGUCCAGGCCGCCGUAGACGCCAUGUUCAUGUGACCUUCUCAGUUAUCUUACGCUGCCUAGAUGAAUCUAUUUUUACAUAAGUGCUGUAUCUAAAGUACUUCCGUAUGCUUGAACUAUUAUAUGCCUACCUAUACUUACCUCUAUCCUACUUCCUGGUAUUUUAAGUACUUAUAUAGGUAACUUAUAGAUAGCCAAGUCGUCC